CUCAUCGUCCCCUUCGCGACUUCACUUCCUCAGCCUUAUCAGGAUAACGAAAAGGAGAAAGCUAAAGAACCAAGACAAGAAAAAAAGGCCAUGGCAGCUGCCGUCACCAUAAUGUCGUCGCCGGCAUGGAUGCCGCCGUGCAGAACCGCUCAAUCCUCUCCUCGUGGAGGCGUCUCCGCUUCUCUCUCCCUCUCCACCGGCACCACAUCCAGGAGGAAUUUCUCCAUGAAUGCCAGCUCCACGUCUCGCUCCGGCCUGCUGCACUGCUCUUUCCUCUCCUCUCCUACUUCCUCCUUCUCUUCUUCCUUCUCAGGUCUGUCUCUGGGAACUGUGGGUUUGAGCUCCGGCGGGGAAUCAAGAAAGCGGGGCGGCGGACUGGUGGUGAGAGCAGGGAAGGCUGCGCUUUGCCUGACGAAGAGGAACAGGUCAAGGAAGUCUCUGGCGAGGACUCAUGGGUUCCGGCGAAGAAUGAGAACGACUAGCGGGAGGGCGAUUCUGAAGCGGCGACGGGCGAAGGGACGAUGGGUCCUCUGCACCAAGUCGAAUCCUAACAGUGGCAAAGCUUCCUAAACCCUGAAUUCUGCUGUUGUUUGCUCGGCUGGGCGGAACAGAGGUGAUUGAGAUUUCCCUGUACUUGUAUUUCGACUCCACAACUCAUUGUUCAUGGUUCCUUUUAUGAAUCCUCCCGUUGCUGUUUUUUGCUCCAAGAUCAAAUUUCUCAGAGGCCUUGGAUGCUACUGUAUUAUUUGCUUAUUGAAUGA